AGGGGUUUUCACAGACAGCAGGCAGGAAGAGACCUGCGUACAAACAUAAGGCAUGAAGAAAUGAAAGACCUCUGCAGUGCCGGAGUACUGCUGCAGCGCCGAUCCCACCAGAGAAAAAUAAAAUACACAUUCACUGUCAAAGCACUGAUAUCGAUAUAUAUUUUUUAUUACUACAAAGCGAGCGACCCCCACCCUGAAGAAAGCAGGGUCAAAGUUCACAGGAAGCUGGGGGGCUGCCAUUUUUCCCUGCUGCUGCUACUGCUAGCCUUUAACGUUAGAUGCUAAAACGACGGGAGGGGCGGCUGGUUUUGGAUUUUGUAGCUAGCUGCUUUCGGUUGAUCGAAAUCCUCACGCAUAAUCUGCCAUUUCUCCGACCUUUGUCGCCAACAACCAUUGUUAUUGGAUGAAUUCGGCAUGGAGAAAGUAGCAGAGCCGUCUUGGACUUCUUCGUACACCUACCAGGUGAGCAAGCACAGUGCGGAGAUGCUACACAACCUCAACAUUCAGAGGAAAGAUGGAGGCAGGUUCUGCGAUGUGAUCCUGCGCGUCGGCGAGGAAAGCUUUCCUGCCCAUAAAGCAGUAUUAGCCGCCUGCAGCGAGUACUUCGAGUCGGUCUUCAGCCGUCAGACUGAGGGCGACGGCGACGCCAAGGAGCUGGAGAUGCAUACGAUCAGCCCGAAAGUUUUUAAAGACAUCCUGGACUUCGCGUACACGUCUAGGAUCGUGGUCCGACUGGAGUGCUUCCCGGAGUUGAUGACAGCUGCCAAAUUUCUUUUGAUGCGCUCGGUUAUUGAAAUAUGUCAGGAGGUUAUCAAACAGUCCAACGUACAAAUCCUCGUCCCGACCUCUCGGGGAGGAGAUGCCAGUCUAUUCCAGGCCACGGGGGCCACGGAGCUCGGUUUCCCGGUGGCUCACCAGGGUCUGGUAAACGGAUCGGGAAUGCUGGUGAACGGUCAGAGCUUUGCUAACAGCAUGCAGAUGCAUGUGGACGGAGGUGAAGACGCGGCCGCGAUUCUGGAGGACGGCGGCGAGUCGUCGGUGCCAAUGUUGGAGCCCGUUGAGGGACUGCCAGUCUCCCCAUCCGCGGAAAUAACGGGGAACGCGUUUCCUCACGACGCUGGCUCCCCGGGGUCGAAACGGUGCAGGGGGAGACCAAAGAAAGCUGGCGGAGCCGUGGAGGCUGUUCACUUUAACAACAGCCCCCAGAAAGACAACGGACUGUUUCCCUGUGGGACCUGUGGCAAAGCUUUCACCGAGGCUUCCCGCUUGAAGAACCACGAAGCGCAGCACGGAGCGUCCAGCGGGGCUGUAAACAACCUCAGCGACAGCCUGUCAGCCCCGGCCGGAAUUUCUCUUCUAUCUCAGCCCGGGCUGCUGGAAAACGGCGUGCAGUUACACGGAGGCCUCGCCUUGGACAACGGCCGCAAGAGAGAGAGGACCAGGCGGCACGUCGGCUGUGACAUUUGCGGGAAAGUUUUCCGCGACGUGUACCACCUGAACCGACACAAGCUCUCCCACUCCGGGGAGAAGCCAUACGCCUGCCAUGUGUGCGGGCUCCGGUUCAAACGCAAGGACAGGAUGUCGUACCAUGUGCGCUCCCACGACGGCUCAGUUGGCAAACCCUAUGUGUGCCAAAGCUGCGGUAAAGGGUUUUCAAGACCAGACCACCUGAAUGGACAUAUCAAACAAGUACACACAACAGAGAGACCCCACAAGUGCCAGAUUUGUAAUGCCUCUUUUGCCACAAGAGAUCGUCUCCGUUCUCACCUUGCAUGCCACGAGGACAAAAUCCCCUGCAAAGUUUGCGGCAAGUUCCUGCGAGCUGCCUACAUGACAGACCAUCUCAAGAAACACAGUGAAGGAACUCAUAACUACUGUGGCAUUUGCAACAAAGGUUUCUCCACCGCAUCCUACCUUAAGGUGCAUAUAAAGACACACCACGGUUCUCCACUGCCCCCCUCUGCCACAAUGCACACCUUCCCUGAGCCAAGGGGGGAACUGCAGAUGCACAACGGCAACCCUUACCACAUGGGACGCCAGUGCUCAGUGGAAGACCUGUGCGCCAGUCGCCAGCUGCUUCUCACCUCGUCUGAGGCAGAGGGGCGCUUUCAUGGGCUCUCUGGACACCCAGUUCUUCCCCAGCCUGGCCAUUCAACCCUCUGCUUGCAGCCUGAGCUGCUCAUGGGGAAGCCAGGUGGGGCUCCAUAUUUCUGGGAGUGUCGCUCUGGCGGGGUGCCUGGCUUCCCCGUCCAUGGGCCUGUCACAGACGGGCAGGAAAACGCUGGUAAAUGUCCUCACCUGGAAUCGGAGGAAUCAGAUCCUUCAUUCGGGGAUUUGUCCAACAGCGAAGAGCUUAAAUCUCCACACAAAACCGACGGACCAGAACUCGAGAUGCCCUCUUUGCCCUGCAAUGGCGCCUCUGCAGGGGCUUUGGUCUCUCCAGAGGCAUCUAAAGCCAAGACAGACCCUGAGAAGAAAUUUAUCUGCGGGAUCUGUGGUCAGGCUUUCCGCACCAAGUCCUACCUCAACAAGCACCAGCACAGAGUUCACAAAGCCCAGAAGGUCCAGGGCGUUUCGGGGUCCAGCUUGAGUGAUAUAGCCCCUUCCCUGACGUCUCCCUUCUCCCCUCAACAAAACAUGUCUCUGCUCGAGUCCUUUGGCUUUCAGAUAGUUCAAUCAGCUUUUGCCUCUUCACUGGUGGAUGCUGAGGUGGGUCAAAGUGGAAUUGACUUUGGAGGAAAGUGACCUUUUUUGCUUGAGGCUUUACAAGUUGCAGGAAAGCCACUUUUUCUUAGGACAAAGCUGGGUUGCCCACAGAAGAUACUCUGUAUUUGGGAAUAUCUUUGCCUCAAGACUACUUUUUUUUUUUUUUUUUUUUUGUCAUGUUGCUUAAUGUGUAUCCAAUAUUUUUGUGAAAGACUGCCAUAUAAUUCCUACCUUUUCUACUUUUCCAGAUUAUGUAUGUGUCUGGCAUUUUGCUUUAUAAAGAAAUUACGUGAAGGCUUUAUUUCCUUUAACCGCUAGGGAUGUGUCGAAGUUCUGUUUUCUUUAAAGCCCUUUUCAGACCCUGAUUAUAUUUAUCAGUUUGUUAAAGUGAUGGCAAUCAGACAAUUCAGACAUGGGUCACUUUAACUUUAAUGUUCCUAUGACAGAGAGCCAUUUGGUGUAAAGACUCAGCCCACUGUUUCCCGUAAGUAGAUUUUUGUGCUUGUGGCAUUAAGUAUUGCUGUUAUUGAGUAAUUAACCACACUCCUUAUUAGAAGCAAGGUCUCUCUUGUGGAAUUCAUGAUGGAUAAACGCUUGUAGGUCUGACCUAACGAGUUUGGUAAUUGUUAAAGAAAAGUGACCAAGACAUUCAGUCAAAGGAGCGCACGUCUGAAAAGGGCUUUCAGCUUUUAUGUGUGAUUUACCAAUCACAGUUAAAUCCCCAUGUUUGAGAUGAAUUCUGUACUGCAUCGUUAAAACGUAAAGUAAUCUUUGUCCUUUUGCUCACUUCACCUACUCUGGUGUACUUGGUUAAUAGACCCAUGGCCAUCACAGUGAAUUUUUAAUGCUUUAUAUCCUUACGCUCCCCUGAAGUCUUUAAACAGAUGUCUUUACCUCAGAGCAACAAGAGGGCUAAAUUCUGUAUUCAUUACCUUACUACCUUUAAGAGAGGACUUUUUUUUUUCCUUAAGUAAAGAGAUUUAAUUUGGCUUAAAGUUUGCUAGCAGGGCUUUUUUUAUCUGUUAAAUGCUAAAGAAGAAAUAUUAAUAACAGGCUUGAUGUGCAUUUCAUGCUGUUUCUUUUCCUUUUUUUUUGCUUCCAGUGUGUCAAGUGUCAGUUCUUAUGCCAGUGAGUAGGACUGGUAGGUGUUAGGAAGCACUUAAAAAGCCCUUUGUUAUGUGUUGGGUUGAAUUAUUUGUGAAAUGUUCAUUUAAGGAGAGGGAAGCCAUUUAUUGUUGUGAUCUUCACAGUGUACCUGAAUGCUUUUCCUAUGAGAUUUUUUUUUUAUUUUUCUUUUUAACAUAUUUGGAUGCAAAAUCUGUCUUGAAUCGUCAUAAGCUUGUUAGCGUUGAGGGGUUUUUUUCUGCUACAUGGACAGCGUUUCCCAGUCUUGUUUUUUUUAGGUGUUAAAUCAGUUGUGUAAAUGAAACAGGGACCAAGGUCAGGUAUAUUUUCGGUAUAUAUUUUGAGAAAUGUAGAUUAUAUUUUAUUAACUUAUUAAUGCCCUUGAUUUUGUGUAGUUCUUUUUUUCCCACUUUCAUUGUGUGAAAACAAAAAUCUUGUGAUUUGCUCAGUUUGAUUAUUUUCACUCUAAAUUAUAUUAAAUAUAGAUGCGUGUUUGUUGUUUGUGUGUGUUGUGCAACAGACAUCGAGAGGGUUCGAGGAAAGAUUUGCAAUGUGAUCCACCAACCUGUGAGUCAGCAGAACAUAUUUGGCUUUCUUUAAUGUGUCAUUGUUUCGUGUCCUGUUACUCUUCUCCCUCCUCUUAGAUUGCUAUUGCUGUGUUGUUGCCGCCGCGUGCUGCGCUUGCCGCAAUGGUCACAGAGUACCUGUCUGGGUGUCUCACUGUGUUUAUUCACAGACAUUCCUCUGAACACUGCUGUUUCUUUUCAUGUGUGCUUAUAAGGGUAGGGGAAAAAAAUCCUUUUACAGUGUCUUGAAGCACAACGCAACAUCUUCGGUGUGGCUGACGGUUAAAGACCCGAAGAAUCGGUGUUUUGAAGCUGAAACCAGCCGAUGCUUUGAAUUUAUAUAAAAAGUAACCCAUGUAUCUGCAGAUGUAAUUCACUUUAUUGAUUAAAUUACCGACAAACACAAAUCCCAGUUUUUCACAAUGUUCUUUCAUCCCUCUUUGUUGUAGUGGUGGUGAAUCAGAAAACACCGACAGGUGGCACUGAAACAUUUGUGGAAAGGGAUCUGCUCUUUUUAAUGCUCUAAAUUUAAUGAUUUAGUGUCAUGUGGACCUCAUUUUUCAUUGGUUGGUGUUUUGUUGUUGUGCUUUAAAAGUGUAUCAUGAUGCAAAUCAGGCUGGGUCCAGCAGCAAACUGUGUGUGUGUUUCUCUGUUAACAAAAACAGAGUGUAUAAUUGUGUGUGACUUUCUGUUUGAUCUGUUUCCUGCUUUCUGCUUAAUUAUUAUUUGUGGGUAAUUGAGUCUGUUAAAUUCAGUACAUUCCCUUAUUAUUUAUAGUUAUAUUGUGAUUGUAACAAGUGUAUAUACCUUCCAUAUACACCUCUAUAAAUAUAUAUAAAUAUAUAUAUAUAUAUAGAUAUAUAAAAGAACCAACCAAUAUGAUCAGUGUUUGUAAGUGGUGGUCCUGUACAUAAAAAGAUUUUUUUUUUUUUUUUUUUCGUUGGUUUUGUUUGUUUUUUUUUCUUGUCUGUUUUGUGGAGGGAUGUUAAGUUAUGGCCAUUUGAAGGGUAAACUGCAUGUUCUGGCAUGCGAGCCGAGGUGGGGACUGAUUGUCGAUCACUGGUUGGUGGCAGUAGUCGUUUCACUGCUCACUGUACUAUAACUCUGCUCCGGUAGCGCUCAGGCUGCCAGCUGACCUUUUUUGAUUUUUCUUUUUUGAUCCACUCUGCACUAGUAUUUACUCUUUGAAAGGUAAUAAGGGUUGUGUUGUCAUAAUUAUUAUUUCAAGACAAGUGUAAAAUGCUGUAAGGAUGUAAUUCAACCUUUCUUUUUUUGUAGUUGGUUUGAUUUUUUUCCUCCCCCACAGGGAUGUAUAAUUUGUUUCAUUUAUGUUGGUACUCCAGUGUAAAACAUGACGUAUUAUUUUGGCCCGGGUGUUUUUGCUUUGUGCUUUUUGUCUGUUGCGAAGUGCCUUCCAAAUACUGAUUGUGCACAGCAGUGGAUUUAAAAAAAAAAAAAGGUCCUCUUUUCUAUAGGUUAAUUAUUGUACAGAGUGACUCGCAUUGACACUUUUGUAUAAAAACACAAAUGUAAAAUAUGUUCACUUGGUAUUUUAUCAUCGUACACGAUUGCUCUUAAAACAUGUGAGCUACAUGUUUUGUUAUAACGUCUUUGGACAUAUUUCAAUAUAAGCUUACUUUUCUAUAGAUAUUUGUUUUUGUACUCUGUUAUUGAGUCUCAUCUCUUGUCUUGGUACAGAGGUGAGCAUCAAAUAAAUUGCAACUUAAGCCCCCCCCAA